UCCACCGCGCUGCCGCCGGGCGAUACGCCCGCCCCGACCUCGUCCGCCCCCCGGCAAGCCGCCUCCGGACCCGCUCCCGUCCGCGGCGCGCCCCCGCCCGCGCUGCCGCGUCCGCGAGGUGAGCUCGCGCUACCUCGUCCACCUCGUCGCCCCACUCCGCCUCGUCGCCUCUCCACCUCGCCGCUUCCCGCCCAGGCCCGUCGCCUCUCCACCUCGUCGCCCCACUCCGCGUUCGUGCCGCCUCCCGCGCACGGCGCGCAGCACCACCACCACGAUGCACACGGCCCCGCCCCCUCCCCCUUCGUAUUCGGCCUUGUCGACGAGAACCGCCCGCCGCCCACGCUGGGCUCGCGCAAGCGCAAGCGCAAGCGCGGCGCGGCCCCGGACCUGUUCAACGCAAUGCACCGCCCGCUCCCGGGGCCGGAGGGCCUGAACACGCCCUAUCGUCUCGCCGCUGGUGCCUCCCGCGCCACCGUCACUCCCAGCACAAGGAGGAUCCUCCGCCCGUCGAAAACCUCUGCUAACGUGGCCGCGGCGGCGCUCCAGGACCGCAGGGGCUGCGCACGGCCGUCGAUGCCAGCGCGCCAACUUCAGCUUCCGCGGCGCCUCGCCUGAGCCCUCGCACGUACCGGCGGCGGCCGUCGACUUCUGCGCACCAGUGUCCUGCCCUCGCCGCGCCCCGAGCUCUGAGGUUGGGUCAUCACUGCAAAUGACAGAGGGGUCCCGACGGCCACAAAACCCAUUCUGCUUCCGCCCACUCGACGCGGCGCUAUCAGAAUGCAAACCAACACUUCCAAAACCUCCGGUGAAGCCGCCGCAGCCACCUGCACGUAUGGUAGUAGUGGUCAAGAAGGGCGCAGUAAUCGGAGGCAACAAGGGUGCGGGGAAGUAGGAGGAUGCACCAGCUGCGGAUUCUGGAAAAUAGCUGCAUGCAGUACAGGUUUUGAAUGCCCGAGCGGAGGCGGUGGCGAUGGCCAAGAAUGCAGCAGCCAGCAGCUGAGACAUCAUUCUAUGGGCUCUCGGUGAGGAUGGCUGCUCUGCAGGUAUCUGUUGCAGAAAAGAAGGCAGAAUUGGAGUUUCUCAAGAUGGGGGAGAGGGUGCAUUGUGUUGUUGGUGCUCAGGUGCCUUUCUUGGAACAAUGGAGUGAACUUGAGACAGAACAUUAUAGUUGCCUUGGAAGAGGAACAGCAGCCCUCCGUGCUGCUUCAUCAUGUGUACCGACUAGAGGAAACAUUACGAUCAAUAUUGGAGGCAUCGAUGAAACUCUUGAAUCUGCAACGAAAAUUCUGGAAGAACUGCUUCCUUCUGUUGAAAAACUAUAUGAAAAGGUUCAAGAAGUUGAGGAUGUGGCCCCCAGCCUGUUAGAAGUGGGAAGCGAGCAGAUGUUGCUUGAAGAGUGUGCUGACCUCUUACAUCAAGCACUCAAUACGCAGGUGAUGGAAGACAGCCUGAGGGUACAACUUUUACACCUGAGAAGUCAAGCCAAAAAAAAAACAUGAAGGCGAUAAACCGAUAAUCUUGUAGAUUGGUUAGUGGAGCAAAUUUUGGCCGCUGUUAAUGUCGAACAGCUAUACAAGAUUGUGUUAGCAGACU